AUGGCGACCGCGGAAAAAACCAAAGAGCAGCCCAAGAAGCUCCCUGUUCAGGAGGAUCUCUCCGACGGGGAAGACUACGACAGUGCCGACGAUUAUACCGACGAAGAAUCCGAGGAAGAGAUUCCUCAAGCCCAGAAGAAGAAACAGCUCCAAAGGCGGAAACAGCCCGUCCAACAAGACGACGAGGACGAAUACACCGAUGAAGAUGACUACGAUGACUAUGACUACUCGGACGACGACGGUGAUGAUGCCAUGCAACCUUACUCCAAACAAAACUCAACCUUCAAGCCCAAUGGCGGGAUGGAAACUCUCCACAAGGAAGAACCGUCAAUGCUGGAUCAAGAGGGUAUGAAACUGAGGUUGGAGCUCAACUUGGAGAUCGAGGUGGAACUGAAGGCACGCAUCCACGGCGAUCUUACCUUGGCUCUCAUGUAA